UUGCGAAUCUUGAAUAUUUUAUUAUCGAGUCAUGCGCAACAAGGAAUUGGCGUGAUUUUUUUAAAUCAUCAUUUUAAAAAUGCAGCUGACAUACCGGAAGAAUUUUUUGUCAAAAACGUUCGUUUGAGAGGUUCAGUGAAGGAUGUGACUCCUGGAGGUCGGUUAAUUGUGGAUCAUUUUCCGAUACUCAGGUUUUUUACUAAAAGUAAGAAUAUUUCAAAUAUCAAAAUUGGUUUGGCGGGAGUCAAUAUAACGGAUAUUGGCGAAGAUUGGCUACGAAAAACGCUUCUAAAUCGUCCGGUGUGGUUCACGCUAUUAGAAAGGUCAAAGGACGAUGUUGCACUCUGCGAAGUUCUCUCAAAACGGAAGCUCUUUUAUGGUCUGCAGUACAGCGUGAAUCGCGAAUUGGUCAGAAAAGGUUAUGGUAAAGUUCUUCCUGUGAGCGACAACGAACACUGGUCUGCUGUACAGAAGGUACCGAGGUACUCCCGCCUGAUGCAAGAACUGCUUAUCAGUGAGCAAUAUGCCGAUCUUCGUGGCGUAGGUGUUUGGGAACGAGAGAAAGCCGUUGAAAGGAUUGCCAGCUACCCUAGCCAGCUACGGGCAAUAGUCGUCAACUCCAACUUCGCCAGUUUGCUGGUGUUGUUGUACGGCAUGGAAACAGUUGGUCUAACGAACGAGCAGGAACGAUGGUGUGGCUGUGUACAUCUGCGUUUGCUUCGACGCACAAUGACAGUUAAGUAA